AAAAUAAUUAUAUUUUAUAUAAGAACGAUUAUGACACCAUUGGAGCUUCAUAUUCAUUUUCCGGGAUUUGAUCUUCCGUCCAUUGAUCCUUAUUGCCUCAGUGUUCUUUGUUACUUACAAAUAACCGCACCAGGCUUAUAUUCUGUGAUUUAUUCUAAUAAUAAUACUUUGUCUCCAACAGGUAAAUUACCAGCUCUUAGGGAUUCAGGAACAUGGGUUGGGGGCUGGAAUAAUAUUAUAGACUAUUUAAAACAGAAAGGAUUUGAUGCAGACAAUUCUUUAACAGAUAUUCAAAAAGCGGAUAGCAUUGCAUACGAGUCUCUUAUUCAUGGUCUCGGGUUUGAUCUUACACUCUUCAAUAUUUAUGUUGAUGAUGAAAAUUAUUCAAAUAUUACUAGACCACUUUAUUAUAAAAAAUAUUUUUCUUUUUUAUCUUCUUAUCUAUCCCUUAUACACAUUAGAAACUUUGCAAAAAAACGGACUCAAUAUUUUGAUAUAAAACAAACAUAUUCUAAGGAAAUGAGAAACUUUCAUUCAAUUUUUUACUAUCAUUUAAAAAAUACAUCUUGUGAUUUUAAAAAAGAAGCAAAAAUUGAAAAAUUAAAAGUAUUAUCUUCAAAUUUUUAUAGAUUAUUAGCUUUUAAACUUUCUUCUCAACCAUUUAUAUUUGGAGAUCAGCCUACUUCUCUUGACUGUUUAAUAUUUGGUCAUAUUGCAUUACAAUUUUUUCCAAGUUUACCAAACUCUACAUUAUCUGAGCAUCUGAAAACUACUGAGCCAUUGCUUGUAUCUUAUUUGCAUCAUUCUUUUUCUAAAUAUUUUCAAGAAAACAAGCCGCUUAAUAUUGAAAUCACCAAAUCAAACUAUUUUUACAAUACAACAACUAUAUUAUGGAAUAAUUUUAUUUCUUUUAGUCCAUUUAUUCAACUAAAAGAAUUGGUAGGAGUAAAUAGUCCUGAAAAGAGAAGGAAGUUUUUUACUGUUGCUGCCAGUAUUCUGGGGUUUAUAUCUUAUAUUUAUAUUACAGGCAUAAUAAAAAUAGAAAUUGAAGACCAGAAUAAAGAUGGUUCAGAAAAUACAGGGCUUUUAAAUAAUGAUUCAACUAUAUAA